AUGAAUCUCAAAUCGAAGUCUUACAAGGAGAAAAUAAAGGAGAAUCAAGAGAAGAUUAAGUUCAACAAACAGCUUCCUUACUUGGUUGGAAACAUUGCGGAGACUAUUUUCCUUCCAGUGGUUGGUUUGGUUGACCCUAACAAGUUGAAGCCUGGUGACUUGGUUGGAGUCAACAAAGAUAGUUACUUGAUCCUCGACACUUUACCAUUGGAGUAUGAUUCACGAGUAAAAGCGAUGGAGGUUGACGAGAAGCCUACCGAGGGCGACAUGAUAUUGGAGAUGUUCAUCGGUGAUGGAGCAGAACUUGUCCGAGACGCAUUUCAACUUGCAAAAGAGAAGUCACAAUGCAUUAUUUUCAUUGAUGCAAUUGGGACGAAGCAUUUCGACAGCGAUGAUCGAAUUAAGAUCAACUCGAGGAAAAUGAAUGUUCAUCCUGAUGUCAACUUUGAGGAACUAGGCCGUUCGACGGAUGACUUCAAUGGGGCACAGCUAGGACUGUCGGUUCGGUUCGGGUAA